AUGUCGACAGGUUAUCACAAAGUUGCGGAGUUUAUGGCGUCUCACAGAGACAUGGCGAUGUGUGAACGGUUUGAAUACAUGAAUAUCCUAAACUUGCUAGGUUUACAAGCUGAGAUCAAAGGCUACGAGGAAAGUGUCAAGGAAGCACUUGGGGACUUGAAGCAGACUAUGGCCGAACGGGAACCCAGGCAAGAGCAUAGCCAGCAAGCCGAGCAAGGUAUGGGGGCCACAGAGAUGGACAUAACUGAUGCUAUUUCUAUGAUCGAUGGUAGAUUCAGCUAUGGACUUCGCAGACGCCAUCGUUCGGAUGUUGGAUCGAAAGACGAUAUCGUGAAUGACAGUGCCACAGCCUCUGAGUCAAGAAGCUCUAUCUUCUCGAGGUCCUACAACAUCAGCUCCUCAAACGUCAAUCAUGAUGAUAGAUCCACUCUCCCCAGUAUCGAUCCACGAAGAGACUGGUUCUUUUUGAAGACGAUGGAUUCGACUCUUCCGGUAUGGCAAACGAUGCUUAGCGCGAGGGAAAAACUGAAAGAAUAUAAUUUGAUGAUUAGCUUACUCAAAGAUACUUAUGCGCAGCCGUCCCCAACACUGAAGAGUUUCAAUCUUUGUACGAAAUGGUUUCGAGACGAAGAUCUAGGCGACGGUCCAUUGCUGGGAGUUGAUCGUAAUGUGUACUCUGGAGAAACAUCUCGCACUUCACUGUUGGCGCUUGCUCCUCCCGAUGAACCAGAUCCUCUUUCCGCUUUCUUUUCGAACGUCGUCCUCAAUAUAUACCACAAAGUGAACAUUCACUUGCUUGAACGAUUGAAGCAUUCGAGAUCGAAAUCAAACCUUGCGGAUCUUGAGAUCGGCCACGAAUCGAGAAAAGUCUACUACUAUAACGAGGGAAACUUCAUACGGCUGGCAAAUAUGGUCGGGUCUCUCAUAUCCAGUUCGUGGCUUAUCUCCAGCAUUUUGAUCCUCUACUUUGUGAAAGAAAUGAGAGCAAGACUCGCAAUAAUUGCUGCGUUUACAACGACCUUUAGCUUGAUUUUGAGUUUAUUGACAAGCGCGAGAAAAGCAGAGGUGUUUGCAGGAACUGCAGCGUAG